UUCCCCGCUCUAUCCUCGACACACCUCCGACAUACUCAAAUGGUCUCCUCCCUCCCUCUACCUAGCUGUUUCCAAUAUUCUGUCUGAUUUCUAACUCUGUUUUUUGUUUUUGUUUCCUAUGAAAAAUGAAAAAUGAAAGCAGGCUUCAGAGAAGAAACUUAGUAAUCCAAUGAGGGAAAUCAAGGUACAGAAGCUUGUUCUCAACAUCUCCAUCGGUGAGAGCGGUGACAGUCUCACCAGGGCCGCCAAGGUGUUGGAGCAGCUCAGUGGCCAAAAUCCAGUUUUCUCCAAGGCAAGGUACACUGUGCGUUCCUUUGGUAUCAGACGUAAUGAAAAAAUUGCAUGCUAUGUCACUGUUAGGGGUGACAAGGCAAUGCAGCUUUUGGAGAGCGGUUUGAAGGUGAAGGAAUAUGAGUUGCUGAGGAGGAACUUCAGUGAUACUGGGUGUUUUGGCUUUGGUAUUCAGGAACACAUUGACCUGGGAAUCAAGUAAGCUAAUAUGCCCUUGAAACUAGAGAUAUGUCCUUUUUCUUUAAUAGGCCGGGCUUCUCUUUAUUAGUUUGUUAUCAACUUGGGGUGAACUUUUGUGAUUUGGAAAUUGCUUACACUAACUUGAUUGGUUACUACAUAAUGGUCCUCUCUAAAUAUUUUGCUGUUGAUUAAAAGCUUGAAAAGAAUUUUUUUUUUUUUUUAAAUAUCGGUAAUCAAGAAAUUGUAUUCAUAAAUAGGCAAAGCCCAAGUACAUAGUGAGAAAGCUUGACAAGUAAAAAAUAAAAGCUUGUCCAUUGAUUGUUGUCUGUGGUCUUAAAGAACAGCAAUAUCAGAAAAUUUAUUUAUCAUAUUGCA